ACAACGAAUCCUUAAUCAAAGCAAUUCUUUGUGCUGGUUUUUAUCCCAACGUCAUCUCUGUUUGUCAUUCUCCACAUUCUUCGCGGUGAGUAAAGAAUAAUUAAGCCCCCAUACAGACGUUCCCCUUGACAAGUUUACUUUCUCGUGUGGACGGUUUAAAGUUUUGAAGAAAACAAAUUCUCUCCUUUACGCUUUGCGUUUGUUAGAGAGAGCGGCUUUCACCCUUUAGAUAUUAUCCAAAACUAUUGUUCAUUUAUACGAAUCGAUCCGGGAUUGAGUACGGUUCUCCAGUUUGGCUGUUGUUAUAAACUCAAAACUACCGUUUCAAAAUUGUAUUUAAGGUGGUCUUCCACCCAAAUUUUCCAAUAUUCGUUAUUUUUUAGAAAAACGUAAAAAUGUACUCUUUAUAGCGUUCUUUAUAAAAUCCGUGUAAUUUUAAGAACGAAAAUGUACCGUAAACCAGAGAAAUCCAGCAAAUUCUACACCUUCGUAGGGUAAAACUACGAUUUUAUCCGGAGCGAUAAAGAUAUGCGAUUGGUUUAGUCUAUUGUUCCAUUUUCAAUUAUAUUGUUCUAUCUAAGUUAUUCUAAUAUAUGCAAAAACUUUAAAAUCGCUUUUCUCACAUGAGCAUUUUGCGAAAUACUAAAAACUCUCCUACUGUUCAUACUGAAUCAAUUCGUUCGAAAUUUUCAGAGUUUAUUUGCUUGUUACAUAGCCAUGUCAUGGACCUAAAAAACUUCAUAUAUCAGCAAUAUACAUUGCAAGAGUAGCCUUAUAAGAACUCCUUUCUUCAUAUAAUUUUAAAAAAGUAAAAUAUGAAGGCCUUAUUAUAUUACUUGUAUAUUUUUUUAGGUUCAUGACAUAGAUCGAUGUAUUAAGUGUCCAUUAAAGCUGUUUCUAAAAUCCUCGGUAAAUUAGUUUGGCUCACAUCAUUUUUGGAGCAAACCCUAUAUUUUACCCUAUAGCGAGGCCUAUCUUAGUUACUAUGGCAACGACGAAUGUAAAAGUUACUGAUCCUGCGUCAGCUGAGGAUAUUCCAUCAUAUUUGACUCAAAUAUGAUGAUAAAACCUUCAAAUUGAAAAAAAUGUUUUUAGGGUGGAAGACCCCCUUAACAAGUUCUACCGAUUACACACAAUGGACUAUAUAAUGUAAAUUAAAAUAUUUUCCGUUCUCAGACCGCCACAGCUCUCUAUACAGCAGGAUGGUCGACAUGUUAAGGUGGAAGUGCAUCCCAAAUCUGUUAAUUGUUCAGAACGUUCAUUUCAUAGUAACUGGCUUAUUUAUUUGGAGAAAAUCAAAUCGACCAUG